AUGGCCUCAGAAGAACCUAUACUUCAAACAGAUCUAGAACGGUACUUGCCACUCCUCGCCCGUGGUAAGGUACGUGAAAUCUACACUCUUGAUGACUCGAAACUUCUGUUUGUUGCAACGGACAGAAUCUCCGCAUAUGACUGUAUCAUGAAAAAUGGUGUCCCGCAAAAAGGAUCUCUUCUCACGAAGCUCUCGGCACGUUGGUUCGAAUUUCUCAAGUCAGAAAUCCCGGCACUUCACACCCAUUUCAUCGAGCUCUCUAUUCCAGAUACACUGAAGCAAAGCGUGCCAGAACGACUAGUUCAUCAGCUGCAGGACAGAACUAUGCAGGUCCGACGGCUGAAGGUCUUUCCCAUCGAGGCCAUUGUACGUGGUUAUGUCACUGGUAGUGCAUGGAAGGAGUACACCGAGGAGGGUACUAUUCAUGGCAUCACGGUAUCGGGACCCGGGGGAAGGAGGUUACAGGAGUCAGAGAAAUUGGAGAAACCAAUUUAUACACCUUCUACAAAGGCAGAACCCGGAAGCAAGGAUGAAAAUAUACAUCCUGAUCAAGCUGCGGAGAUUGUUGGCCAGCCGUAUGCAGAACAGAUCGAAAAGUUGAGCCUAGAGAUAUACAUCAAGGCAAGCACUUACGCUUUGUCCCGCGGUAUCAUCAUAGCAGACACCAAGUUUGAAUUCGGACUCGACGAAACAUCAGACCAAGUUGUACUUGUUGACGAAGUUCUCACACCCGAUAGCAGCCGUGUCUGGCCAGCCGAUACAUAUCAAGCAGGCAGAGCACAGGAAAGUCUUGAUAAACAGUAUUUACGAGGCAAGUUUAGCGCUUCUCUUGAUGUCAGAUGA